AUGGCUUCGACCCUUUCGCCCGCAGCUGUUUUGCGUACCCUGCAGGCAAACCGGGGGCUCCGGCAGGUGCAAACUGCUCGUCGGUUCUUCUCAACGCCGCCACGAGGAGUCCUUUCCGUCUCAGAGCCUUCACUUCGGACGCUGCAGCAUGCGUCAACUGCUUCGCAGCAAAGCCUCACGCCACUGGGAAUCCAAAAAUCGUCCAGACGACACUCUUCUGCGUGUGCCUGUCAUGGCGGUAGCCGCAAGAAGAAGGCGUACAUUGCCCUCGGAAGCAAUCUGGGCGACCGAGUGGCCGAGAUAGAAAAGGCAUGUAGCGAAAUGGAUCGUCGAGGCAUUCGCGUAACGCGCACGAGUAGUCUAUGGGAGACGGAGCCCAUGUAUGUUUUGGACCAGGACGCAUUCCUAAACGGAGCUUGUGAAGUGGAGACAGAUCUUGAACCACUCGCCUUGUUGGACCAGCUUCAAUCAAUAGAAAAUGAAAUGGGUCGUCGGAAGCUCAUUGAUAAGGGCCCUCGCAAUAUUGACUUGGACAUACUGCUUUACGGCGAUGAAACCGUAAGCCAUGAACGACUCAAUGUGCCUCAUAUCGGUAUCCCAGAACGCGAGUUUGUUUUGAGGCCAUUGUCAGAAUUGGCGCCCUCAAAACCUCUUGACGCGUCAAAACCAUGGAAACUGGUCCAGGACUAUCUCAACGAACUUCCGACGGGGAAACCCCUCUCAUCAGUAACUCCGCUUCGUGGUGCUUGUCAAAGUCUCAUGCCUCUUGUUCACAAUAGAAAGACUCAAGUCAUGGCCAUCUUGAACCUGACUCCAGACUCGUUCUCGGACGGGGGCAAGAACGACUUGAGCAAUCUUCGUGACACAGUAUUGCGUCAUAUCCAAGGUGGCGCUACAAUUAUUGAUGUAGGGGGCCAGUCAACGGCUCCCGGCCGCCCUGAAGUCUCCGCGGAGGAAGAAGCGUCCCGUGUCAUUCCAGCAAUCCAACUUAUACGAUCUAUUCCGGAAGCAAGCAAUAUUGCCAUUAGCGUGGACACAUAUCGGGCUUCUGUAGCUGAAAGAGCCGUAGAUGGCGGCGCCGAUAUCAUCAACGAUGUUUCAGCUGGGUUGCUUGACCCGGAUAUGUUGUCGACAGUGGCGCGUCUUGGAAAAACAAUCUGUCUAAUGCAUAUGCGCGGCACCCCCCAAAAUAUGACGCAACUUACCAAUUAUGACGACGGAUUAGUCCCCACGGUCGCGUCGGAGCUUCUCCAGCGCAUCUCGGCAGCUGAAGAGGCCGGCAUUCGGCGAUGGCGCAUCAUUCUAGAUCCUGGCAUUGGGUUUGCAAAGACGGCUCAUCAAAACCUCGAGCUACUGAGACGCUUGGAUGAACUAAGGGCCUGGCCCGGUCUUGGGGGUCUGCCAUGGCUCGUUGGCUCGAGCCGCAAGAGCUUUGUCGGCAAGGUAACCAAGGCAGAGGAGCUGUCGGACAGAAUCUGGGGCACGGCAGCCACGAUGGCAGCGGCAGUGCAAGGGGGAGCAGAUAUAGUUCGCGUGCAUGACGUCUCAGAAAUGGUCAAGGUGACGGCCAUGGCAGAUGCAAUCUGGAGACCCUCGUGA